AUUUUUGUCAGAAAGUAAUAAAUAUAAAAAAAUAGAUAUACGUUAUAGUUAUUUUGAAUGCUGUUGCUGUGAAUGUAAAAGCAAAACUUUUUUUACGAAAUGAAGUACUAAUAGUCUUCGAGUCGAAACUUUGAGGUUAUGUCUCAAACUCAAGUUACGACGAAACCUCCUGGAAAGAGCUGGAGAGAAAUUAAUCAAGAGAGAAAAGCCUUAAAACGGCAGCGAAAUGAAGAGAAGAUAUUGAAACAGGAAAAGCGUGUUGCCCUGCAAGUUGAAGUAGAAAAAAAGAUACAAGAAGAGGUUGAAAAAGAAAAAAAAUAUUCAGAGAUUUCAACGAUCAGCAUAGCUAUACCGGGUUCUAUAUUAGAAAAUGCUCAGUCUGCUGAGCUUCGAACAUAUCUUGCUGGUCAGAUAUCGAGAGCUGCAUGUGUAUUCUGUGUGGAUGAAGUAAUAGUUUACGAUGACAUUGGAGACAAGGUAAAUACUAAAAAGUCUAAGGUAGAAGAAGUUGAUGGAGUCAAACUUGCUAGAAAGAGUUGUGUACAAUUGGCACGUAUAUUGCAAUACUUGGAAUGCCCACAAUAUUUAAGGAAACAUUUUUUUCCACUGCAUAAAGACUUAGAAUUUGCUGGUCUCUUGAAUCCAUUGGAUGCACCACAUCAUUUAAGAAUGUCGAACGACUUCAAAUUCAGGGAAGGUAUAACAAUGAACAAAAAAGUGAAACCUGGUAGAGGAUCACAAGUGAAUGUUGGUCUUCUUCAAGAUGUUUCAACAGACAAAUUACUUAAUCCAGGCAUUCGAGUUACAGUUCGAAUGUUGCCAACUCCAGAAGGUUGUAAAAAGCUUAAGGGUAAAAUUGUUAGCCUUACCACACCAAGAGCCGAAACAGGUGUAUAUUGGGGAUACACUGUUAGAAUUGCAAAUAAUUUAAGUCAAGUUUUUACACAAUCACCGUAUAAGGAUGGAUAUGAUCUAACCAUUGGUACUUCGGAUAGAGGAACAUCUAUGGAUGAUAUACCUGAUAAAGAACUAAAUUACAAUCAUGCCUUAAUAGUUUUUGGAGGAUUACAUGGUAUAGAAGCAGCUUUAGAAAGUGAUGAACAAUUGCAAGUAGACGAAGCCAGUUUACUUUUUAACCACUAUGUCAAUGUGUUACCUAAUCAAGGUUCAAGAACAAUUCGUACAGAAGAAGCUGUGCUUAUAACACUUUCAGGAUUACGAAAUAAAUUUAAAGCAAACAAUCCUCCAAUGUUAUUCAAGGAAUCUGGCAUAGCAACUAGUUCGAUCUUUGCUGUAAAACCAGAAGUUUCUGAAAAUUCAGGAACUGAAUGUACUUUAGAUUUAAGUAAAUUUGACUAAAAUAUAAAAUUAAACCUUUUUACUUCAAUAGUUUUAUUAUAAAAAUGGAAGACAUUUUUCACUGGGUUAGGAAUGAUACCUCAUUAUUGUUUAUCAUUUACUUAGUAUUACUUUUGUUCAUGCUUAUCAAUAGAAGUUUGUACUGUAUCACGAAGUAGUUUGAUAGUUGAAGCUUGAUCUGUGGCUCCGAUUACAGCUGUACCAGACACAAUCAUAUUAGCCCCAGCCUAAAAAUAAGUAUAAUGUUUAUUUUUAAAUUUUAUUCUUACUCGUUUCAUCAGUUCUUUGUCUAAAAAUUGUACUUACAUCAGCACAGCAACUAAUAGUUAAAGGCCCUACACCUCCAUCUACCUCAAUAUUUAAUAAUGGAUAUUGUUCCCUAAGGUACUGCACUUUAGCCAUUUGGUUUUUCAUAAACUGCUGCCCUCCGAAACCAGGCUCCACAGUCAUUAUUAAUACCAUGUCAGAUAGAUCUAUGUACUUUUCAACAUCUGAAACAGGGGUACCAGGUUUGAUUGCUACACCAACCUAAAAUUGGAAAUAAUAAUUUAAAGAAUAUUAUCUAUUCUAAUCUAGAAAACAAAAAUUGACAAUAAAAGGAUUACGUAUUUUUAACUUCAUGGUCUGAUAGAGAACCUACCCACCUUCAUCCCAUUUUCCUUAAUUUUUCUACACACAUCUUCAACAUUUCUAACAGGCUCAAUAUGAAAAGUGUAUUGAUCAACUCCAGCAUCGGCCAUUGGAACUAUCCACUAAAGUAAAAAAAAAAUGUAAGUCCUGACAUAUGAACUUAUUUUAAAUUUUAUUUAUUUAUAAGAAACUAAAAAUUAAAUUAAAUAUGAAUUAAUGUAUUAAGGCAAACAUAAAUAUAUAGAAGCAAUGAUUUAGAUGUGACCUUUAAUAACUUGAACAAGGUCAAAUAACAAUGUUUAUCAGAAUAUAUUUAAAAUGGGUAUUUUUUAAAUUACUAGUGCACAUACUUUGAUCUUGAAAAAUAAGAAUUUGUUACACAUUAGUUACGUUAAAAAUAAUGCCUACUUGUUCAGGAUUUUGAACCAUCAUGUGUGUUUCAAAAAAUGCUUCUUUUAUUUUGGACCGUAAACAUUUUACAAUAGGAUGUCCAAAAGUUAAAUUAGGCACAAAGUGACCGUCCAUCACGUCCAAGUGUAGAUAAUCAGCACCAUUGUUGAGAAGUUUUUGAGAUUCUUCAUAUAACUGAGAGAGAUCCGCAUUUAAAAUUGACGGUCCAAUAAGUGCCCUUAGACGACUCAUCGCAGUUUUAAUGAAAUUUUAGUAUUCAGAGUUCUUAGCCAGUAAUGACUACUUAUAACCUUUCUUUGAUAAGGACAGUUCGACAGAGAAAAUAAAGAAACUAACAAAAGCUCCUAACUUAAUAAUUCGGA